AUGGCUUCCAGGUACAGCGCAGGCAAUCUAAACGACAUCUCCGGCUUGGUAGCCGUGGUCACUGGAGGUGGCACUGGCGUUGGUCUGAUGCUUGCGAGGGCGCUGGAAGCCAACGGAGCCAAGGUCUACAUCACCGGACGACGAGUGGAGAAACUGCAAGAAGCGGCCAAACUCGCCGUGCAUGGCAACCUCAUCCCAAUCCAAGGAUCGACCACCAGCCAUGACGAUCUACAACGAGCCGUCGAUCAGAUUACCAAGGAGACCGGCUACGUGGACGUUCUGGUCGCAAACGCGGGCAUGACCACCUUCGACUCUUCUCCCAAUGCCCGACCGAUGCCUACACCGCAGUCAACCGUGAGCGAGGUUCGCGACUACUACUUCAACUACCGUCACGAACUCAACCCGGACAUCUGGCGGGACACGCUCGAGACCAACAUCGCGGCCGUUUUCACCACCUCCAUGGCCUUCCUUGAGCUGUUGGAUGCGGGCAACAAGCGGCGGCCCAAGGAGGCGCCCACCAGCCAAAUCAUAGCCAUCGGCAGCGUGGGUGGGCUUACUCGCUUCACGCCAUCGUAUAUCUAUAACGCCAGCAAGGCGGGUGUACACCAUCUUAUGAAGAAUCUAGGUGCGACAUUUGUGCCGUUCGACAUUCGUACUAACAUCAUUGCGCCUGGAUGGUUCCCUUCCGACAUGACGACCGCGGUGCAGAAACAGUGGGAAGGCACUGGCGGGGUGAUGCCACGAGAGCUUGUGCCACGGCAACGCAUGGGCCAUGAAGACGAGAUGGCCGGUACUAUCCUGUAUCUUGUCUCCAAAGCGGGCGGGUACUGCAAUGGCAACAUCAUGUUGAUAGAUGGUGGCUUCCUCGUCAACCAUGCAGGCAGUUACUGA